UUCAGAUAUGAUGCUGAAUAGUUGGUCAAAACAUAUUUUACAUUGUUGUCUACUAGUUACUGUUAUUUUAAUAUUUGAAUUUAUAUUUGGUGGAUUACAAUGGGGACCAAAAGAUCAAGACUAUUUAGAUCCAUGGAUUCAUUAUGGUUUUGUGGGUGCAUUUAUUUUAUACCUCUUAAGGACUCUGACAUUUCUAUCAUUUCCACAAGUUUUAUUUAAUUUUAUUGGGUUAACUAUGUACAAUGCAUUUCCUGACAAAGUUAAUCUUAAAGGAUCGCCAUUACUCGCCCCUUUUAUUUGUAUACGGGUUGUUACUCGCGGUGACUAUCCUCAACUUGUGAAAACUAAUGUUAAUAAGAAUUUAAAUAAAUGUAUCGAUGCUGGAUUAGAAAACUUUCAAAUUGAAGUGGUAAGUGACAAACCAAUUGGAUUAGCAUCUCACAGAAGAAUACGAGAAGUUGUUGUGCCACCAAAUUAUAAAACGAGUAGUGGAGCGCUGUUUAAAGCGAGAGCAUUACAGUACUGUUUGGAAAAUUCAGUGAAUGAAUUAGCUGACCAUGAUUGGAUCGUUCAUCUGGACGAAGAAACGUUACUCACUGAAAAUUCAAUACGCGGAAUUCUUAAUUUUGUUUUUGAUGGUAAGCAUCAAUUUGGCCAAGGUCUAAUUACCUAUGCGAAUGAAGAUGUUGUGAAUUGGAUUACUACAUUGGCCGAUAGCUUCAGAGUAGCAGAUGAUAUGGGAAAACUCAGAUUGCAGUUUACCAUGUUUCAUAAACCCCUGUUUAGUAUGAAAGGCUCUUAUGUAGUUACGCAGAUGGGUGCUGAGAGGCAAGUGUCUUUUAAUAACGGACUGGACGGCUCAGUCGCAGAAGACUGUUUUUUUGCAAUGAAAGCAUUUUCACAAGGCUACACAUUUAACUUCAUUGAUGGAGAAAUGUGGGAGAAGUCUCCAUUUACUUUACGGGAUUUUGUACAGCAACGAAAACGUUGGCUACAAGGAAUAUUGCUCGUCGUACAUUCCAAGGAAAUUCCAUUAAAGAAAAAAUUAUUAUUAGCAAUAUCGUGUUAUUCGUGGGUAACAUUACCGCUGUCUACAUCGAAUAUAAUUCUAGCUGGUCUUUGCCCUAUUACAUGCCCUCCAGUCAUGGACUUUCUCUGUGCUUUUAUUGGUGCUGUAAAUGUUUACAUGUACGUGUUUGGAGUUGUGAAAUCUUUUUCAUUAUAUCGAUUUGGAGUAACGCGAUUUAUUCUUUGCAUUUGUGGUGCAUUAUCAACUAUACCUUUUAAUUUGAUAAUCGAAAAUGUUGCCGUAAUAUGGGGUUUGUUUGGUAAAAAGCAUAAAUUUUAUGUGGUAAAUAAGGAAUUUAAACCAGCAAUCAGUUUGAUGUUUAAUUCAACUGGAGUCACUAUUUAGUUAUUACAUACUUUUUAUUUACACUCUUCAUAUUCUUGCAUACAAAAGAGUACCUGUAGUGGUAAGAUAAAUAUUCUUAAUAUUUAUACAUUUGCAUAAAUGC